GGAGCGCGCAAGCAGAGGGCGGACCCCGCCGGUCGCCGGAGUCCCGUGCACGCGGGAGGCUCAGUGGCGUGGCUCUGCGCAUGCUCGGCUCGCGGCCCUCCGCCGUCGCCGGGCUUGGGAGGCGCUGUCCGCACCGGGAGCCACAGAUGGCACAGGCGGGAGACGCCCGGCCGGGGGCCGGGGGGCAGUGCUGCGCGAGCACGGCCCUGGGGCGCGCGCCUUGGCGCUGGGCCCUGGCGCUGCUCUGGCUGGUGGCGGCCGCGGGCGGCCCCGCCCGGAGCCGAUGGCCGGUGCCCUACAAACGCUUUUCCUUCCGUCCGGAACCAGAUCCUUACUGUCAAGCUAAAUAUACUUUCUGUCCAACUGGCUCACCUAUCCCAGUUAUGAAGGGUGAUGAUGUCAUUGAAGUCUUUCGGCUACAAGCCCCAGUGUGGGAAUUUAAAUAUGGAAACCUUCUGGGACACUUGAAAAUUAUGCAUGAUGCCAUUGGGUUCAAGAGUACUAUAACUGGCAAGAACUACACAAUGGAAUGGUAUGAGCUUUUCCAGCUUGGAAACUGCACAUUUCCCCAUCUGCGACCUGACAUUAAUGCUCCUUUUUGGUGUAAUCAAGGAGCUGCCUGCUUUUUUGAAGGAAUUGAUGAUGCUCACUGGAAGAAAAAUGGGACAUUAGUUCUAGUAGCAACCAUAUCAGGGAACACAUUUAACAAAAUGACCAAGUGGGUAAAGUGGGACAAUGAAACAGGGAUUUAUUACGAGACAUGGACUGUCCAAGCCAGUCCAGAAAAAGGGGCGGAGACAUGGUUUGAAUCCUACGACUGUUCCAAAUUUGUAUUAAGGACAUAUAAGAAGUUGGCUGAACUUGGAGUAGAGUUCAAGAAGAUAGAAACCAACUAUACAAGAAUAUUUCUUUACAGUGGAGAACCUACUUAUUUGGGAAAUGAAACAUCUGUUUUUGGGCCAACAGGAAACAAGACUCUUGCUUUAGCCAUAAAAAAAUUUUAUUACCCCUUCAAACCACAUUUGUCAACUAAAGAAUUUCUGUUGAGUCUCUUGCAAAUUUUUGAUUCAGUGAUUAUACACAGACAGUUCUAUUUGUUUUAUAAUCUUGAAUAUUGGCUUUUACCUAUGAAAUUCCCUUUUGUUAAAAUAACAUAUGAAGAAAUCCCUUUACCUAGUAGAAACAAAACACUUUCUGGUCUAUAAAACCUUAGUUCUACUGUUUUUUUAUCCCACACCAGCAUAUUGAUUUUUCAGGGAGUGGUUUUACAUUUGUGGAUUUCUUAGGCCUUCUUCUUUGGAGCAGAACAGUAAAAUGCACAUGGGUGUAAUUGCUGUAUAGCACCAUCUCAGGACUUUUCUUUUUAAAGGAGCUAAAACUCUUGUUAUAUUGGCCUUGCUGUAUGUGAGCACGUUAGGUGAUCUUGAUUUUAAUCUGCAAGCCUUUAAUAUGAAUUAUGGUUCACAGAUUUGUAAGAUCUUUUGGCACAAUAUCUUUAAAUGGUGGAUAUGAUGUGCUGAGAUUUAAAAAAUACCCUCAGUGACAUUUUCAUGAUGGGAGCUACUUUUUUCUGUUAUAGUAGUUGUGCUUUCUCAUUGAAGUACUUUUUGGUAGUUUAUCACCCGACUUUACAGCUUUGGAACCAGGUCUAGUAGCUUGAUUUUGUUGCAUUUACUCAACUUUUAAGACUAAUUUGGACACAUAGCUGGAAUGAUUGUGGUAAAUCCAUAUGUGCUAAAGACAGUAUUAGAAAGCGCUACUUUCUGGCAUUUUAGAACGAACCAGUAAACUCACAUUUUGUGAUUUAAGCAGCUUAACAUCUCUGAAUGUUAGUUUCCUCAUCUCAGAUAAUUCAUCUAUCAGGAUUGUUGUAAGCUGGAAGAGGUCAUCUGUUUGGCAUAGUAAGGUACAGUAAGGUCACAGUAAAUGGUAGCUGUAAUGAUUAAUCAAAGAACAAAACUACCAUCCUUGAUCUUGUUUAAUAUAGUUCAUGUGCCAAUCUUUUCUGGGUUUUGUAAUCAUCACCUAGACUUUGAGCUGAUAGCAUAGCACUCGUAGUUCUUCAAACGUACAGGGCAUGGAAGUAUCUGGCUACAGACAUGUCUGGGUGAAUGGGCGCCCUCUGACUCCCUCGCUGCUUCGUGUAGUCCUCCCUCUGCCCACUAAAGGUGCCAGCUCAGUUGAAAGGAGGUGGAUUUCCCAGAGACAGGCUUACGUCCAGGAUCUCCAAGUAGCUGUGUUCCCAUUAGGGCCAUCAAACAAGCUUCCAAGGGCCUUGAAAAAUACCAGUCAGUAAGAUUAUAAAGCAGAGACGAUCUGUGUUUAAUAUGUAAAUGUUCCAAUUAUAUAAUUCAGUUUUUAAUGUUUGAGUGCUUCCUGAGAGGUUAUAUCAGUGAGUUCUCAUAAAUAGCCUGAUCAUAGAUCUUACUUACCUGAUUCAAAUGAGUAAACUGGGACUUAGAAAGGUUAAGUGACCUUUCCGCGCUACUCAGCUAGUGUAACGGAGCCACAUUUUGAACCAGGUUCUGUUGGCUGAAUGAGAUGCACCGUCACCCAAGUUUUUCAGCAAAGUGUGGUCCUCAGACCAGAGCCUGCAGCAUGUUAAUAACACACAUGCCGGUCUGUGAGGACAUAGGUACAGAUACUGAGAGGAAGCAUUUAGAAACUUUUAAAGCAACUUGUUAACUUUGUUUCUGUUGAAGCUAAUAAAAUUGGGGCUUGUA